AUGGACCUAUGGAGGGAGGGCCACCAGAUCGGAUCAGGAAUGAAGGUGGAUGAGGAGAGCUGGGACGUUGCAAGCCAUGCCAAGGAGGCACUCAGUCUGGCACAGUUGCAGGAGCAGACAUUGCAGCUAGAGCAGCAGGCCAAGGUCAAGGAGUAUGAGGCCGCCGUGGAGCAGUUGAAGAAUGAGCAGAUCCGGGUGCAGGCCGAGGAGCGGAGGAAGACACUGAGCGAGGAGACCCGGCAGCAUCAGGCCAGGGCCCAGUACCAGGACCAGCUGGCCCGGCAGCGCUACGAUGACCAACUGAAGCAGCAGCAACUGGUCAAUGAGGAGAAUCUGCGAAAGCAGGAGGAGUCUGUGCAGAAGCAGGAGGCCAUGCGGCGAGCCACUGUGGAGCGGGAGAUGGAGCUGCGGCACAAGAGCGAGAUACUGCGCGUGGAGGCGGAGGCCCGCGCGCGCGCCCAGGCAGAGCGGGAGAACGCCGACAUCAUCCGUGAGCAGAUCCGCCUGACAGCCGCUGAGCAGCGCCAGACCAUCCUGGAGUCCAUCAGGACGGCUGGUGCCCUGUUUGGAGAAGGAUUCCGUGCCUUCGUGACAGACUGGGACAAAGUGACAGCCACGGUGGCUGGGCUGACGCUGCUGGCCGUCGGGGUGUAUUCUGCCAAGAAUGCUACAGCUGUCGCCGGCCGCUUCAUCGAGGCCCGGCUGGGGAAGCCAUCCCUGGUGAGAGAGACGUCCCGUAUCACUGUGCUGGAAGCACUGCGGCACCCCGUCCAGGUCAGCAGGCGGCUCCUCAGUCGGCCCCAGGAUGCGCUGGAGGGCGUUGUCCUCAGUCCCAGCCUGGAGGCGCGGGUGCGUGACAUUGCCAUAGCAACGAGGAACACCAAGAGGAACCAGAGUCUGUACAGGAACAUCCUGAUGUACGGCCCCCCGGGCACCGGCAAGACCCUGUUCGCCAAGAAACUCGCCCUGCACUCAGGCAUGGACUAUGCCAUCAUGACAGGCGGGGAUGUGGCCCCCAUGGGACGGGAAGGUGUGACCGCCAUGCACAAAGUCUUCGACUGGGCCAGCACCAGCCGGCGAGGCCUCCUGCUGUUCGUAGAUGAAGCAGACGCCUUCCUCAGGAAGCGAGCUACUGAGAAGAUUAGUGAGGACCUCCGGGCCACCCUGAAUGCCUUCCUGCACCGAACAGGCCAGCACAGCAGCAAGUUCAUGCUCGUCCUGGCCAGCAACCAGCCUGAGCAGUUUGACUGGGCCAUCAAUGACCGCAUCGAUGAGAUGGUCUGUUUCGACUUGCCGCAGCAGGAGGAGCGGGAACGUCUGGUGAGGUUGUACUUCGACAAGCACGUCCUCAAGCCAGCCACGGAAGGGAAGCAGCGCCUGAGGCUGGCCCAGUUUGACUAUGGGAAGAAGUGCUCGGAGAUUGCGCGACUGACGGAGGGCAUGUCUGGCCGGGAGAUAGCACAGCUCGCAGUGGCAUGGCAGGCCAUGGCCUACGCCUCUGAGGACGGGGUCCUCACCGAGGCCAUGAUGGACACCCGUGUGCAGGACACCGUCCAGCAGCACCGGCAGAAGAUGCGUUGGCUGCAGGCAGAGGGGCCCCAGGGCGGCCAGCGCUUGCCCUCCUGAGUCCGCCACAGGGUGACAUCCCUCCGUCCUCCCCGCCCCAGAACGCUCCUGGGAGACGCAACUCCCAGCCCGGCCUGCCCGCCAGCACCAAGUCCCGUGGCUGCGGAGCCCGGCCGGGCUUUUCUGGGUCCCAUGGGAGAGCCAGGCACAGGUGGGACUGGCCAGGCCAGACCACCGGGGAGGCCCCACGUUGCCCGGCCCAGCCUGUGCCCUGAGCCCUACCCAGGCUUGUGGCCGUGAGGAGCGGGCGGGGCGAGGGGCUGAGAACAAGCCGGGCCCACCGGGGGGGGGCUUGUCCAGGUCAGGCCCAGUUGGCCAGGAGUGUCCCGGGCCGUGACGGGAGCAGGGUCUUUUCUUUUGAAUUUAAUAAAGAUAAAUAAACAAAUAAAUUUGUG